AUGUCAAACCACAAGGUUUCUCAUAACUCAGGUAUUGAUACAGGCAACUUCCCUGGCCGUAGGCGCGCUGGAUUCGCUGCACGCAAAUACCUCAAAUUGGAGCCGAGCCUCACGUUUCGACAGGUCCCACAUCAUCCAGAAUUUCCCUUGCCUCCAGAACAACACACGGUGGAGCUCGCUCAGUUCCUCAAGGCUGUGUUGAAAGAAGCUGUGAGCGUUGACUUUGACAACGAUUUCGCAGCGAAAGCACCGUGGAAUGACAAUGCAGUCAUCAUGAUGCCUCUCCCCAGUGGAUCAGAAAAGAGCACAACAAUUCGCGUCGAGAAGAAGCUCAUGAAUGAGGACAAAGAUCAGUGGCUCGUUCGAAGGUCAACUCAUAGCGAACUCGAUGUUGAUUUCACCGAGUUGGAUGAACUGCUCAGGGUUGAGCAUAGCCGGAACGAGAUGGCCUAUUCUCCCAGUGUGUUUGAUGCAAACAUGCUUCUGACCUGGGAUUCGGGGGCUUUGACGGAAGCCGCAAGUACAUUCAAGGAGGAGCUGGUAGUCAGAAACGUAAAGAUGGACAUCUUCCAGAUAUUUCACACUAUGCAUAGACUCUUCAGUGGUCUUGACCGUCAGCGAGACCGCGUUUAUCAUGUACUUGUCAUUUCAGCCAAAGUCCCAUACAACACGGAGGACCAUUGGAACCGUAGCCAAUCCUAUAUCAUCCAGCUUCCUAUCGACAUUGCCUCCUUCAGACACAUCGAGAGCAUGACGAAGAGAAGCCACAUGUCGAAGGGACAUUACUGUUUUGACACAGAUGUCAAGACGGUAGCCCUACUACCGGACAAGGUACAACUGAGCAAGGUUGGAUUGGAACUUGUCGAAGGCGCCUACGUUUCUAUGGAGCGGCUACGCAGGCCAACGGAUCCGCAAUCUUGGCACAACCAGUGGGAUAAGAUGAUGAGAGCCGAUGAUAAAUACUCCUCAGGUGUCAGUCGUGCUGGCACGAGAUCCUUUCUCACCAGGCUCAUUGGCGCGGAAGAUGUGUACUGCGUUUUCCGGCACAUUGCGCAGCAGAGACAGGCCGAGCUGGAAAGUACAAGACAUCGCCUGGGUGGACACUAG